GCUUGACUCUGUCGGAUACACCGAAAAUAACCGUUAUACUUGUGCGGAUUAUCACUUUUUCGAUCUUCUCAAAAGAGAAAAACAGGACGUCUACACUGAGUCACUGUCAGUGUCAGUGACGAGGCUUUACUCUUUACUUUCACUUUUGAAGUUCACUCUCUUUCUCUCUCUCUCUCUCUCUCUCUCUCUCUCUCUCUCUCUCUCUCUCUCACACACACACACACACACACACACACACACACAUACACACACACACACACACACACACAGAGAGAGAGAGUCCUGGGACUGCGGACGCGUGUUUCUGCUCUUCUCAUUCGCGUCUCUUCAUACUGGGGGAAAAAACGAGCUAAAACUGAGCAUUCGUCUCAUCUGCGACUGUUCCUACAAUGAAUGGAAGUAUCGUGAGUUUUUUUCUGACGUUUUUGACCGUUCUGGGUUCGUGCCGGUGUCUUACGAGGACAUACUAUCUCGGGAUUCGGGAGGUGGACUGGAAUUACGCAGCGAGUGGAAAGAAUCUUAUCAAUGGCCAGAAAAUUGAUCAAGACCCGGACGCCUCCAUAUUUCUGGAAAGGGGUAUGACCCGGAUUGGUAGUGUGUACAAAAAAGCUGUCUAUAAACAGUACACAAGUGAUACUUUCUCUACUGAGGUCCAAAAGCCAGAAUGGUUGGGAAUCCUUGGACCCGUGAUCCGUGCUGAAGUGGGUGAUGACAUUGUGGUACACGUGAAAAACUUUGCGUCUCGACGGUAUUCAGUCCAUCCUCAUGGAGUCUUCUAUGAAAAGGAUUCUGAAGGUGCACUUUACCCGGAUGGUACAUCUGGUCGCUUUAAGAAAGAUGAUGCUGUGGCUCCUGGUGAAAACUACACAUACACUUGGAAGGUGACAGAAGAGUUCGCCCCCACCAAAUCUGACUCCAGCUGCCUCACCUGGAUCUACCACUCCCAUGUAGAGGCACCUAGAGACAUUGCCUCAGGACUUAUAGGGGUUCUGUUAACCUGCAAUAAGGGAGUUCUAGACAGCACUGGAGUAAAGCGCUCUGAUGUGGAUCAGGAGUUCUUCUUGAUGUUCAGCGUGGUAGAUGAAAAUUUAAGUUGGUAUCUUGAUGAGAACAUUCGCAGAUUCAGCCCUGAUGCUGCUAAUCAUAAACGAGACGAAGAAUUUCAGGAGUCUAACCUCAUGCACUCAAUCAACGGUUAUGUUUUUGGUAACUUGCCGACAUUGAAUGUGUGCAUUGGAAACACUGUUUCUUGGCACCUCUUUGGAAUUGGAAACGAGGUAGAUAUUCAUUCUGCUUACUUCCAUGGUCACACCCUGCUCGAUCGGGGCCACCGUACGGAUGUGCUCAGCCUAUUUCCUGCCACGUUUGUUACUGCAAAAAUGGUUCCCAUGACAAUAGGGAAGUGGCUGUUAAGCUGCCAAGUUAAUGAUCACAUGAAAGCAGGUAUGCAGGGCUUCUACGAGGUGUCUGUGUGUGAGAAGGGUAAAUCUGCACCCACAGUACCUCCCGGCCAUGAAAGACAUUUCUACAUCGCUGCUGAGGAGGUGAUUUGGGAUUACGGCCCUUCUGGUAUAAAUAAAUUCACAGGUGAAAAACUGGACAAGGAGGGAAGUAUGGCUGCAGAAUUCUUCAGUAAAGAGGCUGGUAGGCUAGGAGGGAAGUUCUGGAAAGUCAGAUAUGUUGCUUACAGUGAUGACACAUUUACCACCAAGCAUGAACAACAUGGCUCAGAACACCAUCUUGGAUUUCUGGGCCCAGUGAUUAGAGGUGAACCUGGAGAUGUCAUUGUGGUAACUUUUCGGAAUAAGGCAUUCAAAAACUUUAGCUUACAACCUCAUGGCCUGGCGUAUGAUAAAGUUUACGAAGGAGCCAUGUAUCAGGAUGGUAAGACAAACACAUCCUUUGGUUUACACAGCCCUCUCGGGUUGAGUGGAAGCAUCUUACUUUUCCUUUGUCCCUUUUCAGGUUCUCAGAAAGCAGGUGCCAGUGUCGCACCAGGUCACACAUUUACAUAUCGAUGGCGGGUGACAGAAGGUCCUUCACCCAGUGACCCACCCUGUCUGUCAUACUUGUACUAUUCUGCUACAGAUCCUGUCCGUGACACCAACUCUGGUUUGGUGGGACCGUUGCAAGUGUGCAAGAAAGGAGUUCUGGAUGAGAGUGGACGACAGAAAAUCGGGUCAGAGGUGCAGAAAGAGUUUUUUCUUCUCUUCACUGUGAUCGAUGAGAAUAUCUCAUGGUAUCUUCAAAAUAACACGGAUAAGUUUGGUAGUGAUGAUUCAGACCCAGAUGAUCCAGUAUUUCAGGAGAGCAACAAAAUGCACUGUGUAAACGGCUACAUGUACGGGAACCUUCCUGGCCUCGACUUGUGUGAGGGGGAUCAUGUUGUAUGGCACAUGCUGGGCUUGGGCACAGAGGUGGAUAUCCACGGUGUUUACUUCCAGGGAAACACGUUUCAGCGGGAAGGCACUACACACGACACACUCAACCUGUUUCCUCACACCAGUGUCACUGUCUCCAUGGUACCAGACAACAAUGGUGUUUUUGGGCUGAGCUGUCGUACAACCGAUCACUACAGUGGUGGCAUGCGUCAUCUGUACACAGUCAAGAGCUGCACACAGAGCCAGAAACCUAAAUCUGAGUUUACGCCUGAUGUAUAUAUCUAUUUGGCUGCUGAAGAAGUGGUGUGGAACUACGCCCCGAACCGGACAUGGGAGAUGAUGAAACAUAUGUCUAUUCUAAAUGAAAGCCCUGGAAACAUUUUCCUGAAUAAAUCUGAGAGCCGGAUUGGCCACGAAUACAAAAAGGCGGUGUAUCGCCAGUACACAGAUGACACCUUUACAACCAAGAAGCACAGAGGCUCUGAUGAAGAGCAUCUAGGCAUUCUGGGUCCAAUUCUCAGGGUAGAGGUUGGUGAGAGGUUGCAGGUUGUGUUUAAGAACAAAGCCACAAGGCCAUAUUCAGUUCAUGCUCAUGGUGUGAAGGCCAAUGAACAACACCUUCCACCUGUUUCUCCUGAAGAGGUUAUGAGAUAUAACUGGACUAUCAGUUCAGGUCCUGGACGCACCGAUCCCAACUGUAUAACCUUCGCUUAUUAUUCAUCAGCCGACUUUGUCAAGGAUUUGGCUAGUGGCCUAGUUGGACCGUUGGUUGUGUGUCGUAAAGGGACUCUAGACAAAGACAGACGUCGUAAAGACGUGGAUAAAGAAUUCGCUCUGCUCUUUAUGGUCUUUGAUGAAAAUGAAUCUUGGUAUCUAGAGAACAAUAUGGAAACAUACCUGAACAAGAGCCAAGAAACUUUCGACAAAGAUGAUGAAGGAUUUAUGGAGAGUAACAUGAUGCACGGCAUAAAUGGAAAGCUGUAUGCGAAUCUACUUGGCUUGAGGAUGCGGGAAGGAGAUAAGACUGAAUGGUACUUAAUGGGACUGGGAAAUGAGAUAGAUAUGCACACAGUGCACUUUCACGCUCAGAGCUUCAUAUACAAGAUGGAUUUCCCCCACAGAGCUGACGUGUAUGACUUAUUCCCCGGGACAUUUAAGACCGUGGAACUGGUAGCAGGAACUCCUGGGACGUGGCUCCUUCACUGCCAUGUGACAGACCACAUCCACGCCGGCAUGGAGACAACCUUCACCAUCGAUGCUAAAGUUUCAAACGACGGACCAAGUGGACAUGGCUGUGCAAGUUUUCCACAAAUGCUGCUAUUCGUCGUUCUGUCAUUCUGGCUCCAAUGACUCGGAUAAGGAGGCAAUUCAAGAGAACAGUCCGAAGUGAUUUCACUAGUAAUUAAGGUUUCCAUGGAAACAGGGAAGAGAAGAAAGUACACAAGUAAAUGCACUAAGUAACUCACAAAAAAGUGAGAGAGUAACCUUUUUUUUUAUUCCAAAUCCGUAGUGUUGCACAUGUACAGUUUAUGCAUUACAUCUACACUUCUUCUGAGCUGAGCUUGUAAAGCUCUGAUCAAAUUUAUACAUCUUAUGUUAACCUCUUUGUUGAAAAGUGUUAAAAUGUGAAUUUUUUUUUCUGCUCACAAAACUGCACCAUCUUGUCUUCUUCAGUAUUUUAGCACUAUAUAAAUAGAUAUAUGAAAUGUUCUAAUGAUUGAAUGCUAAAAAAAAACACAUCACGGAUAGUUUGGAGUGUUGAAGCAUGCUAGAAUAAUUAUUAUUUUUAUUAUUAUUAUUAUUAAUAUUAUUAUUAUUAUUAUUUGCAAUAAAGACGAAGUGAUAAGGA